AUGUUUCGCCAUAUUGCCAGGCAGUUAGGGUUUCGGAGGGAUGUCUUCCGCGGCAUCACGCACGCAGGAGGGCUUUUGGGUUCGGAUCUCCCUCACACUCCGUCUUUCCCUCCGCGCAUCCCUUAUCCCCCCGCCGCUCACCCCUCACCCCAUUUCCUAAUCUCCCUCGUUCCGAUUUUCCUCUCAUUGCGCCCGUUGCGCCCACCCCUCAUUGCUCCUCCCGCAUCCCCCCUCGCUUACCUCAUAUUCUUCGUCGUUACCCCCUCGUUUCCCGCCGUCGCUCUCCACUCGUUUCCCCCCGUCGCUCUCCACUCGUUUCUCCCGUCGCUCUCCACUCGUUUCCCCCCGUCGCUCUCCACUCAUUUCCCCCCGUCGCUCACCCCUCAGUUCCCUCCGUCGCUCGGCCCUCAGUACCUCACAUUCCCCGUCUCUUUCCCCCUCGUCCCCCCUUCGCUCACCUCUCCUUUCCCUGCUUUACUCACCUCUCAUUUCCCCCCCUUUCACUCACCCCUUGUUUUUCCCAUUUACUCACCCUCAUUUCUCCGCUAUCGCUCACCCCCCAUCCCCCCCGUGGCUCAUCCUUCAUUUUCCCCUUUCCGCUCACCAUCCAUUUCCCCCGUUAUUCACCCGUCAUUCCCUCCCAAGUGUUUUGAGGCGUUCCCCUCUUCUGCUCACCCCUCAUCCCCCUCUUCCGAUUACCCAUCAUUCCGCCCCUCGUUGCUCAUAACGAUUUCCCCCCCGUCUGUCACCUCUCUCUCCUCCCCGGUCUGUCACCUCUCACCCCCCUGGCCCCCUCCCCGUCUGUCACCUCUCACUCCUCCCCGGUCUGUCACCUCUCACCCCCCCGCCCCCCCCCCCCCAUCUGUCACCUCUCACCCCCCCCCCGUCUGUCACCACUCACUCACCCCCCGUCUGUCACCUCUCACUCCCCCCCCAUCUUUCACCUCUCACUCCCCCCCCGUUCCUCACCCCGCAUUCCCCAUUAUCAUCACCCACCCAUCCCAACUUACCAGCUCCCUAGGCAUGUCCACUUACUCUAUCUCCACUCCCACUCUCCGACCUCCCGCUGUCCUCAGCCACUGUCCUCCCGCUGCUCCCCUCGCCCCUUCCCUUCUCUCUUCCUUCUCACUUCCCCUGGUUCUGUUCACGUAUCCCAUCCCAUCCCAUCCCACUUCCCCUCGCCCGUCACACUUGCCACCAUCCUCUCCCCUUCAUAUACCCAUUGCUUCCCUUCCUUCCAGCGGAAUACGCAAUCUGUUCCUUCCGUAUUCCCAACCCCGCCCAAACCACUUCAACAGCCAUGCCCUGUCUCCCAUGGAGGCCCCAUUAUUCCAGCUGGUCUUUGAACUUGGACUGUCGCCUCCCUUGUCCCAGACUGCUUGA